AUCGCUCCACCCAACAACUUUUUAACGGAAGAAAACAUAUCGACUGAUGUAAACAUUUGGGGUAACAAUAAAAACUAUAAUGAAUAAAGGCCUUUCGAAACAUCGUGAAGUUCAGAAGUGUUCUAUAUGUAAGGAUAAGGCGGAAUUUUACUGCAAAACUUGUAUACAAAACCUCUGUGCUCCUUGUGAAAGAAAACAUGUGAUAGAUCUUGACACGAAAUACCAUGAUGGAGUAAUUUACCGUGCAAAGGCUGGGGACUUUAUAAUACCAGAAAAAUGUGAGAUAUGUAUAAAAUUUGGUGCUAUUCUUGUGAACAACCAAUAUGUGUAAAAUGCAGCGGACAUCGAAAUCAUAAUAUAAUUGAUAUACAGGUAGUCUAUAAAACGUGUAGACAAAAAUUAAGAGAUAAAAUUGUUCAUAUCAGAAGUGAUAUACUUCUAUAUGAUACAGUGAUCAUGGACGGACUCAAAACAAAUGUCAAAACAGAUAUAAACACUCUUCAAAUAGAGAUAGCAAAUAUCAAGCAAAGUAUUACAGAAAAAGCUCAUAUACUUAAAAAUCAAAUAGAUGCAGUGAAUCCUCUCAAAAAGCAUUAUUGCAAUAAGCAAUGAUUUAAAAUGUAUGAUGGAACAAAAGGAACAAGCAAUAAAAAGACACAUUUCUAUCAUUCAGAAGUAUGAACACUCAUACGAACUUUCGGCUAAAAGACCAGUACAAUUUCUCUUAUCCAUUAAGAAAAUCUCUAUUUCAAACAGAUUGCAUAACUAUGAUACCUUUGCCAUUAUUUUCAACGAGGAAAUAAAAACUUGGGAUGUGACUGAAUUUUUGAUAAAAUUCGAAGUCAUGGAGAGACGAAAGAGAAGGGUAGGAAGUGAGGAGAUGCUAAAGUUGAUGUCAAAACCGGUACUACAAAAAUAUGUCCCAUCAAAAAAUAUACCUAGCGCUUAUCAUAUUUCCCAUGUAACAUCCGAUCUAGUCUGGGUUAGUCAUCUCAAUAAUGUCUUGUUGAUAAACACGGCAGGGGACACAUAUCAUCUAAAUGAUGUUACAAUUUCUAGUGCAUUUGGAGUGCACUGCAUGAACAAGAAUGGUGAUCUGAUUUAUAUAGACAGAAAUCAUAACAGCUCUGUGAUAUCUUCAGACCACACCAAAAGAAGUAUAUUGGUUAAAAAAUCAGAAUUAUGGACACCACUAUGUAUUUACAGUUCUCCUUCUACAGGGGAUUUGCUUGUUGGUAUGGGAACUGGGUAUUGUGAGAGUACUAGUUUUAAAUAUAUCAGUACAAAAGUAAUUCGGUAUAACAGCUUAGGACAACAUGUCCACGCCAUCCAGUACAGCGAUUCAGGCGAAAAAUUGUAUUACCAUCCCACCUACAUCACAGAGAAUCAAAACGAAGAUAUUGUAGUGGCAGAUUUUUGUUGCUUAAAGGUGACAGACUAUAGUGGAAGACACCGUUUCACAUACACCGGAAAUCCAUCAGUAUCAGAAAACAAAUUUACUGCGUAUGGAAUCUGCACAGAUGCGCUGCUUAACAUUCUGGUAUGUGACGUUUUAUACAAGACUGUUCAUUUGAUUGAUAAAGAUGGACUCUUUCUGUUUUACCUAUUUUCAGAGGAACAAGGAUUUUUAGACCAGCAUGUUUAGCAUAUGAUCGCAAAACUCACCAUCUCUGGUAUGGUCAAUCGGACGCAAUAAAAACACAUCGCGCCUACGUAUAUACAGAUAUAUUACCAGAAAGAGUUCUGUUUCAGAUUGAGAAAUAUAGACAGAUCAUAACUGUUGCUUGGGGAAAGUGCAGAUUUGAAGAACAGCACCAACGUGUAUAAUUAUUAAUGUACUAGAGGAAUUGAUACUGAAAUAUAGACACAAUCUUGAACAUCAUUCAAUUUUGUUUUAC